GAGUUUCUUCCGGAAGUAAUACUCCUCCAUUAGGGCAACCAAAGCGCGACGUAGCUGUUUCCGUAUCACACAAAAAGACGCAGCCAUGCCGCCUGGGCCCGUCCAAAUAGUUCAGCCUGAGCCCAACAACAAGAAUGAUGCACCUGCAGAAGAAACCCCAGCGACUAAACCCAUUGUUGGCAUUAUAUAUCCACCACCUGAGGUCCGAAAUAUAGUCGACAAGACAGCCAGCUUUGUUGCCAGGAAUGGGCCUGAGUUUGAGGCAAGAAUCCGUCAGAAUGAGAUCAACAAUCCAAAAUUUAAUUUCCUCAACCCAAACGAUCCCUACCAUGCUUACUACCGUCACAAAGUUAAUGAAUUCAAGGAGGGGAAAGGACAGGAACCAUCUGCAGCCGUGCCUAAGGUUAUGCAGCAGCAGGCUAUGCAGCAGUCCCAGCAGCUUCCACAAAAAGUCCAGUCACAGGUGAUUCAGGAGACUGUGAUCCCUAAAGAACCCCCCCCUGAGUUUGAAUUCAUUGCAGAUCCUCCGUCCAUCUCAGCCUUUGAUUUGGAUGUUGUCAAACUUACUGCCCAGUUUGUGGCUCGUAAUGGUCGCCAGUUUCUCACCCAGCUCAUGCAGAAGGAACAGAGGAACUACCAGUUUGACUUUUUGAGACCACAGCACAGCCUCUUCAAUUACUUUACUAAACUGGUUGAGCAGUAUACAAAGAUCCUGAUCCCUCCCAAAGGCUUAUUGAUCAAACUCAAGAAGGAGGCUGAGAACCCGAAAGAGGUUAUGGACCAGGUCAGGUACCGUGUUGAGUGGGCCAAGUAUCAGGAGCGUGAGAGAAAGAAGGAGGAAGAGGAAAGGGAAAAAGAGCGAGUGGCGUAUGCCCAAAUUGACUGGCAUGACUUUGUAGUGGUGGAGACGGUGGAUUUCCAGCCCAAUGAACAAGGCCACUUCCCCCCACCUACGACUCCAGAGGAGCUUGGUGCUCGUAUCCUGAUCCAGGAACGUUACGAGAAGUAUGGAGAAAGUGAGGAGGUUGAGAUGGAAGUUGAGAGUGAGGAUGAAGAUGACGAACGCGGGAAUCGGGCUGAGGGUCAUUCUUCACAACCUGAUCAAGACACCCAAGUGCAAGACAUGGAUGAGGGAUCUGAUGAUGAUGACGAGGGCAUGAAGGCUCCACUGCCACCAGACAACCCCAUGCCACCCCCAUUGCCCCCAACACCAGACCAGGUCAUUAUUCGCAAAGACUAUGAUCCCAAAGCCUCCAAGCCUCCACCAUCAAUUACCGUUCCAGAUGAGUACCUCAUCUCGCCAAUUACUGGUGAAAAGAUUCCUGCCAGUAAGAUGCAGGAACACAUGCGCAUUGGUCUGCUGGACCCACGCUGGCUGGAGCAAAGAGACCGCAGCAUCAGAGAUAGACAGACGGAGGAUGAGGUGUAUGCACCCGGUUUGGAUAUCGAGAGCAGUUUGAAACAACUCGCCGAGAGACGUACUGACAUCUUUGGUGUGGAAGAGACGGCCAUUGGUAAAAAGAUUGGUGAAGAAGAAAUCCAGAAACCAGAGGAGAAGGUUACUUGGGAUGGUCACUCUGGAAGCAUGGCUCGCACACAGCAGGCAGCACAGGCCAACAUCACUCUGCAGGAGCAGAUUGAAGCCAUCCAUAAGGCCAAAGGACUGGUGGGAGAGGACGACACCAAGGAGAAAAUUGGUCCAAGCAAGCCAAGCGAAAUUCAUCAUCAGCCUCCCAUCCCGUCCUCCUCUGUCAAUAUGCCUAAACCCAGCCCGCCUGUCACGUCAGUGCCUCGUCCACCUGUUUCUGUGGCCCCUCCAGUGCGCACUACGCUUCUGUCUGCUGUGCCCGUCAUUCCCCGGCCCCCUGUGGCUCCUGUGGUGCGCCUUGGACCAGGACAGGUACUGACAUCAAUGCCGCCCAUGAUUCCUGCCCCCCGCAUCAACGUGGUUCCGAUGCCGCCAUCAGCACCCCACGUCAUGGCCCCGAGACCACCUCCCAUGGUUGUGCCCACUGCAUUUGUCCCAGCUCCUCCAGUACCGCAACCACCGAGCUCUGCUCCAGCACCACCUGCUCACCCACCUCCCCCUCACGACGAUGAGCCAGUCAACAAGAAAAUGAAGACAGAGGACAACCUCAUUCCAGAGGACGAGUUUCUCCGCAGAAAUAAGGGUCCUGUGGCAGUUAAAGUGCAGGUCCCCAACAUGCAGGACAAGAGCGAAUGGAAGCUGAAUGGCCAAGUUCUGAAUUUCACUGUCCCUCUUACAGACCAGGUGUCUGUUAUUAAAGUUAAAAUCCAUGAAGCCACAGGCAUGCCUGCAGGAAAACAGAAGUUACAGUAUGAGGGUAUUUUCAUAAAGGAUUCCAACUCUCUGGCUUAUUACAACAUGAACAAUGGGAGCAUCAGGACUAUUAGCAGCAGUCAUAUUGACGACGAAAGCUCGUUGGGAUCCGACUCGGAGAUCAACGGCUUCACCAGCGACCGACAAACCGAUAAAUAUGGAUUUAUUGGUGGGGCACAGCAGUACUCGGAGGCGUCGGCACAGGAUGUGCCCCCAGAGGUGCUCAGGCAAAGGGAGGUGAAGUGGCUGGACAUGCUCAGCCACUGGGACAAGUGGAUGAUCAAGAGAUUCGAUAAGGUGAGGCUGCGGUGUCAGAAAGGAAUUCCUCCCGCCCUGCGAGGCCGCGCAUGGCUCUACUUAUCAGGAGGGAAGGUGAAGAAGGAGCAGAACCAAGGAAAGUUUCAGGAGCUGGAUAGUCAGCCAGGGGACCCCAAAUGGCUCGACGUGAUUGAGAAAGACCUCCAUCGCCAGUUUCCAUUUCAUGAGAUGUUUGUGUCUCGUGGAGGACAUGGGCAGCAGGAUCUGUUCCGCGUCCUGAAGGCCUACACCCUGUACAGACCGGAGGAGGGCUACUGCCAGGCGCAGGCUCCCGUCGCCGCUGUGCUGCUGAUGCACAUGCCCGCUGAGGAUGCUUUCUGGGGCCUGGUCCAAAUCUGUGAGAAGUACCUUCCUGGCUACUACAGUCCCUGCCUGGAGGCCAUUCAGCUGGAUGGAGAGAUUCUGUUUGCUCUGCUGCGACGCGUCUGCCCGCUAGCUUACCGGCACCUGGAGAAACACAAGAUCGACCCCAUUCUCUACAUGACUGAAUGGUUUAUGUGUGCCUUCUCCAGAACUCUGCCCUGGGCGUCCGUGCUGCGUGUCUGGGACAUGUUCCUCUGCGACGGAGUCAAGAUCAUCUUUCGAGUGGGUUUGGUGCUGCUGAAGUGCACGCUGGGGACCCGCGAGAAGCUGAAGGCCUGCCAAGGCUUGUAUGAGACCAUGGAGCUGCUCAGGGCCAUAGAUCCUCGCUACAUGCAGGAGGGCUUCCUGGUUCGAGAGAUUCUGGAAGUGCCGGUGACGGCGCGGGACGUGGAGAGGGAGCACCACAGCCAGCUGAAACGCUGGAGGAAGAACCGCGGGGAGCUGAGUUUCAAGCCCCCUCAGAGGAUGCACGGCGCCCGCCUGGUCAUGCUGGCCGAGCCCCCCCGGCGCCAGGACCUGCAGCAGAACCCCACCAUCGUCCUGGAUGUCCCCCAGCCCCCGCCCCCGCUGCUCAAGAAAGGCAAGGAAGAAAGGAAGAGCAAGAAGAAGAAGAGCGUGAAGAAAUCCCCGCCCUCCGAGGAGAUCCCCAAUCCGUACCCUCUGCCCACCGAGCUCGCUCCUCCCCCCCCUCCACCCUCAGACCCACCUGCUCCACCCCCGGGAGGCAGCGUGAUGCCAGAGACUGUGCCAGAGACCACGCCGGACGCCACGCCAGUCAACACCCCGGUGAACACCCCAGAGACCACCCCCAAAGCCACCCAGGAGGGCAGCCCAGAAGCCCCCCCGGAGACUGUGCAGCAAAGUGAAAGUGACUCGCCCCACCAGCAGAGAGCACCUCCUCCUGACCUCCCUGCUGCCAAAGAAUCCGCCCUGCAGCGGUCCACGCAAAGCCUUAGCAGCACAGAGCAGGACACCUACCUGUAACUCUGUGGAAGCCAGUACCUGCGAGUGUGUGAGUGAGUGCGUGCGUGCGCGUGUGUGUGUGUGUGCGUGUGUGUGUGUGUGUGCGUG